AUGUGGGGGUGUGGGGGUUUUUGGUUGUUGGGGUUGGGGUGGGUGAGGGGGGGUUUGUGGGGGGUUGGGGUGGUUGGGGUUGGGUGUUGUUGGUUUUUUGUGGUGGGUUUUUGUAAUUGGUUGGUGGUGAGGAAGAAGGGUUUGAAUUUGUUUUUUUUGUGGUGUUGUAUGUUGUUUGUUGUGGGGGGGGGGGGGGUGGGGGGGGUGGUGUGGGGGUUUUUGGGAUUGGUGGUUUGUGAUUUUUGGUGUUUUUUGUUGUUGUGGGUGUGUGUUGGGUUGUGUGGUUGGGGGUGGGGGGUUGUGUUGUUUGGGUUUUGGGGUGGGUUGGUGUGGUGGUUGGGGGGGUUGGGGUGGGGUUGUGGGUUAGUGGGGGGGGGGGGGGGUUUGGUUGGUGGUGGGGGGGGGGUUGGUGGUGGGGGGGGGGGGGUGGGGGUGGUUUGUGGGGGGGUGGUUUGUGGUGGGGGUGGGGGGGGGGGUGUGGUGGGGUUUUGUUGGGGGUGUUUGGGGGGUGGGGGGGGGGGUUGUGUGUUGUGUUGGUUGUGUGGGUGGGUGUGUUGGUGGGGUUGUUGGGGUGGGGGGGUGGGGGGGAGGGGUGGGGUGGGGGGUGGGGGUGGGGUGGGGUGUUGUGGGUGUGUUGGUGUUGUGGGUUGGUUUGGGGGGGUGGGGGGGGGGGGGGUUGGUUGGGUGGGGGGGGGGUGGGGGUUGGGGGGUGGGGUGGGUGUGGUGUUUUGGGUUGGUGGGGUUGGGUGGUUUGGGGGGGGGGGGGGGGUGUUGGAGUUGGGUUGGGGGGGUUGUUUGGGGGGGGGGGUUUUUUGGGGGGUUUUGUUGUUUGUGGGGGGUGGUUGGGAUGUUGGUGGGGUGGUGGGUGGGUGUGUGGUGGUUGUUGGUUGUUGUUUGGGGUUGGUGGGUGGUGGUGGUGGUGGUUGGGUUUGUGGGGGGGUGGUGGGGGGUUGUGGGGGGGUUGGGGUGGGGGGGGGUUGGUGGGUGGGUGGGGAUUGGGGUUGGGGGUGGGGUUGGGGGUGUUGUUGGGGUGGGGUUUGGGUUGGUGGUGGUUUUGGUUGGGGGGUAGGGGGGGGGGGGGGUGGUUGGGGGGGGUGGGGGGGGGGUGUUGGGGGUGGGGGGGGUGGUGUUUUGUGGUGGGUGUGGGUGGGGGUUUGGUGUUGUUUUGUGUUGGUGGGGGUGGGGUUGUUGUUGUUGGUUGUGUGGGUUGGGUGGGUUGGGGUUGGUGGUUUGGGUGGUUUGUGGGGGUGGGGGUGGGGGGUGGGGGGGUGUGGGUGGGGUGGGUGGUGGGGGGGUGUGGGGGUUGUUGUUGGGGGUUGGUGUUUGUGGGGUUUGGUGGGGGUUGUGUUGGGGGUGUAUGGUUGGGUUUUGGGGGUUGGGUGGGGUGUUUGUUGUGGGGUGGGUGGGUGGGGGUUUGUUGGGUUGGGGGUGGGGGUGGGGGUGGGUUGUUUUGGUGGUUGGGGGUGGGUUGUGGGGGUUGUUGGUGGGGGUGUUGGGGUGGGGGUGUGGUGUGUGUGUGGUGGUGGUGUGUGGGGUGGUGUGUGGGGUGGUGUUUUUGUUGGGGGGGGGGGUUUGGGUGGGGGUGUGGGUGGUGGGUUGGGGGGGGGGGGGGGUUUGGGGGGGGGGUUUUGUGGGGGGUUGGUUUUGUGUUGUUGUGUUGUGUGGGUGGUUGUGGGUGUUGUUGGUGGGUUGGUGGGGGUUUGGGUGUUUGUUUUUUUUUGGUGGGGAGUGGGUGUUUGUUUUGUUGUGGGGGGGGUUUGGGGGGGUUUUUUAUUGUGUGGUGGGGUUUGUUGGGGUGGUUGGUGUGUGUUGUGGUGUUGGUGGGGGGGGGGGGGGGGGGGGUGUGGGGUGGGGGGGUGUUGGUGGGGGGAGUGGUUGUGGGGGGGGGGUGGGUGGUGGGGGGGUGUGUGGGUGGGUGGGUGGUUGGGUUGGGGGGUGGGGUGUUUUUUGUUGUGUGGGUGGUUUGUUUUUUUUGUGGGUGGGUGUUUUGGGUGGUAG